AUGAAUGGAUUGAUAAUUUUCUGCAGGUUAUCAAAUAACAAGCUGGUGAUCAUAAGUGAACUGGUGAUGGCAACUAUUAAAUUUAAUAUCAGAAAAGCCGUAAAGGAGGACUGUGAAGAAAUAUUUCGCCUUGUUAAAGAAUUAGCUGAAUAUGAAAAACAACCACAAGCCGUCAAAAAUGAUGCAAAAACUUUGGAACAAGAUGGAUUUUUGACUCAACUGCCUACAUUUCAAUGCUUAGUUGUUGAUGAUCCAAGUCAUGAUGGUGCGAAACCUAAGCUCAUUGCUUAUGCUAUGUAUUGUUUAAUAUAUUGUUCUAAAUCAGGCAAAAGAUUUGAUUUCCGAGAUAUAUAUAUAUCUAGCAAAUACAGAAGCCAUGGUGUUGGAAAACAACUUUUAUCAGCUGUAUGCAAGGAGGCAGUAAAAGAGAAUGUAGUAAAGAUGAAUUUGAUAGUUCUGAAAUGGAAUCCGGCUAAUAGCUUUUACAAAAAGUUAGGAAUGGUCAACAUAACAGAUACAGAAGGAUGGCAGUGUCAUUUAAUGAAACGAAAUGACAUUGAAAGAAUCGCUAAUUCAGAAAGGUUAGAAAUGUCAGCGAACAAAUUAAAUAUCAGAAAAGCUACAAAGAACGAUUGUGAAGAAAUAUUUAGAUUAAUAAAGGAGCUAGCUAUUCAUGAAAAGUCACCAAAUGCCGUUAAAGUAAAUACAGAAAUAUUGGAGAGAGAUGGGUUUGAAUCAGAAAACCCUCCUUUCAUGUGUAUGGUAAUUGACGAACCAGACAGCAAAGAAAAAAAUCCUAAACUGUUGGCUUAUACAUUGUACAGCAGAUCAUACAGUUCCUAUGAAGGAAAAAGAUUUGUUUUGGGGGAUAUAUUCAUAUCUGCACCUUAUAGAGGCCAAGGACUGGGAAAGAAACUAAUGUCAGCAGUCUGUAAGGAGGCGAUAAAAGAGAAUGUAAAAACAAUCAGGUUCAAUGUGUUAAAAACUAACCCAUCAAUUGAAUUUUAUAAAAAACUUGGCAUUGAAAACAUAACAGAAACGGAAGGAUGGCAGUACACAUCGAUGAAAAGCGAAAUUAUUGUUAAAACAGCUGAGAUCUAUUAG